AUGUUCUCAAUUUUUCUCCUCGGAUUUUGUGGUGAGUAAUUUUUUUCAACAUUACCUACAAAAUGUUUUUUUUCUAGUUGUUGCCAACGCUCAACAAUACAUCGAUUUGAAAAGCUUGAAAGCUUCGAAUCAACCAAAUACAAUUUUGGCCACUGGAAAUGGUUCAAUCUAUCUUUCCGCCACAUCAGACCUUACAACUAUUUUGGACACAAUUAUUUUCACAUCCAAUGGAAUGACAAAGAGGUCAGUUUUCUUGAAAGCAUGCCUAAUUUCUAUAACAAUAAUUUUUUCAGUGCUACAGAUCUUCUCAACACUCGCCUUUUUCAAAACAGUGAUUUAAUUCAACCAUGGAUUGUUCAAGGACCUGUCACUGUUUCAACAUCUGCUAGUGCAGAUCAAAUCAGCUCGCUGACUGGAAGUAUCUUUUUGACAACAGCAAAACAAGCAACUGAUACUAAUUUCCUUGUUUAUGAUCUCAAAACUGAGCAAACCAUCAGCACAAAUGCACCACAAUCAACAAUUGUUAUUUUGAAUUCUCAAUAUGCUGCAGUCCCAUAUGUUUCCUCAACUAUUUCAGAAUGGAAACAAUCAAUGAAUCAACAAGUUUUCUUGUAUCGUGGAGUUCCAGAUGACAAUGCAGAAGUUGCCAAUUCAGCAAUAUUUGCCAAUCCAUUCAAUACAUCUGAUUUGUCAGUUCAAAUGACCAGUGUCGAAACUUUCAGUUUGAGCCUUCCAAUUUAUUAUAUGCGAAUCUACGGUGGAGUUUCAUUCAAAAUUAGCCGAAAAUACACAAACAUUGGUGGAAACCAAUUCAGUAAUUCUCUCACAACAGGAUUCUACAUGAAAUCCCAAACCGCGGGAAAUGUUGACUUAUCUCUCCGACCACUCACAGCUCAAACAUCUAAUAUGCUUGGUGUUAACUACAUUGGAAAUGUGCCGGCUAGCGGAUCUGUGACUGUUGGUGUAACACUUGCCAAUGGUGUGUCAGUUCAAAAUCAAUUCAGCACAGCUGCAACUCAAUCGAUGGGAUGGGAAACCAAUGUUGGAUCACCAUUUACAAUUAAAUCUACAGGAGCAGUUGGAAGUGAAUUCUAUAUUCAAUAUUACGUCAGAUGUAAGAUCAUUAUUAAUAUUUUCCUUAAAUACUACAUAUAUGUACUAACAUCUUGAAUUUUCAGCUGGUCAAAGCACAACACAAUCACCAGCAACAGACUCUCCAUACAAAGGAACAACACCACGACCAGUUGUGACAACAACUAGUUCAGCUGGAGCUCUUCAAGUGACACUUUCAAUGAUUUGUUCAUAUUUUGGAUAUAGAUUGAUGCAAUGA